AUGACGGAGCCAGAAUUCCGCAUCCGUGAAGGAACCUCGGCCGACUCGGCAUCCGCAGCCGAGAUCUUCAUGGCAGCCUUCGGCAACGACUGGGCCAUCGCCAAAAUGCACCCCCACCGCCACGAACACCCAGACGACUGGCGCGCAUGGGCCUAUCGCUUCUUCUACGCGCGGUACUGGGGUCCGGAGCAACAAAUCUUCCAUGUCCUCACGAUCCCAGACGCAUCCUCCGCCUCGGGCGAACGUGUCGUGGCCUUUGCGUGGUGGCGCCGGCCGUACCCCACGCCCGCCGAGAAAGCGGCCCACGAGGGCUUCUUGACGCUCCGCGGCUGGCUCAAACCCGUCCUGCUCGGCCUGAACUCCCUGUCGGGCUACCUCUGGCCCCCGCGGUCUCAGGACCCGGCCAUGCUGGACGUGCUAGCCGACACGCACGUCGUCAGCGACCCCAUGAAGGACGACCCGGAGCACCCCAAGCGCAAGACGGGGUGGUACCUCUCGACGCUGGGGGUGUACCCCGAGUUUCAGGGUAAAGGGUACGGGUCGAUUCUCGUCAGGGAAGGGUUGAAGCGUGUUGACGAGGAGGGCGUGGCGGCGUGGCUCAUUGGGCUCGAGGGCGUCGAGCCGUUUUACGAGAGGUUAGGGUUCGAAGUCAAAGGGAAAGCAAACGUGGGUAGGUUGGCCGAUUGGAGAGGAGGUUCCAUCAUGUAUAGAGAAUGA